AUGAAGGAAGGACUCCCGGAAUUGCAUCUGCCAGAUGCAGAGUCGAUCGCACAGCGCUUGCGACAAGACCAACAAGCCUGCAGAGAGAGAAAAGUGCCUAGUAAUCUAGCAAUCCAACUAUCUUCUCUUACAGAAGAUAUCUUUGAUAAAGUAGCCUGGCAUCUCACUCCACAAAGCGAAGUCUCCAAAGCAUUGCGAUCGACUAGAUGCAAGAGCAUCAUCGAAGGGAUCAAGGUCUACUUAGGCCAAUUGGAAGUGAUGACCAAAUCUGAGGAACACAUGUCCAUGGACAGUAUGCAUGUCCCAGAAUUGAAAGAGUUAGAGACAACACUCAAGGUGCUAGACUAUCUUCAAAGGCACAAAGUGGUUGCUCCAACAGAACCUCUAUCUGAAGUUCUUCUAGCCGUGCGAGGCCAACUAUCCAUGGACGACAAUACUCGAUACACACAACAUGAAAGAUCUCAAAGAAAUGACACACCGAAAACCUCGGAUGUGAAGAAGAGAUGCUAUAUCUGUCGGUAUCGCUUCUCGCCCACUGAUUCUCACGAACUAUACCCGUCACUAUGUCGCCAAUGCGGCAUGUUUAAUAUCGGCUGCUCCAAUCUCUCCCUACCAGGAAAGCUCGAUCUGACUGGUAAAAUUGCCCUCGUUACUGGUGGGAGAAUAAACUUGGGUUACUCAACUGUAUUGAGACUCCUCCGCUGUGGAGCCAAAGUCAUCGUAUCCUCUCGGUAUCCAGCGGAUGCUGCAGUUCGAUAUUCCACGGAGCCAGACUUCGCCCAAUGGGAGAAAAGUCUGAAGGUAGUUGGUGCAGACUUCAGAACAGCAAAUGAUGCUUUCCGGCUGGUACACAUUGUCAAACAAUUACUCCGUGCUUGGGAUGACGAGACUCCAUCUGAUACGUCAAAAUCCCUGGACAUACUUAUCAACAACGCCGCGCAAACCCUCACCGAUCCAAUUAAGGGGGAGGUCAGAGCCAUUUCCAGAGAGGACCAUCUGAAAGAGCAUCCCCAGACCAUGGCUCUACUUGCAGAAUCUGAGAACGACAGGUACACACCCCGCGUAAGAGGAGGACAACAAGCAACCUGGAUCCCACGCAUCGCGAACAACAAAGCCCAGGCACAAAUCGAAGGCACAAGCAGUACCCAAUCUACAAACCAAAUUGCCACAAAAGGCCUUCGGACGACAGACAAUGAAGACGAAGAGCCCUCAAAAUCAUCCUGGGUCCAAUCCCUCCACGAAAUCCCAUACUCAGAUCUAAUAAGUGCCCACUCGGUCAACGCCUUCGUGCCUCUAAUCCUCUGUCGCGAACUUCUUCCAGUUAUGGGCACUUCACCCUCAUCCUCCUCCCCCCUUCCCCCUCGGCUCCAUUCACACCGGCGGGAUACGUAA